CAUGAUAUUUAUUUAACUUUGUGGCAACAGCCUGUGUUGUUUAUAUUGUUAGAGGGGUUUUGAUGUGAUAAAUAUCAAGCCGUGUGUUAUUGUUUUUUGAUAUGGCUUUGUUUUCGAAACUUAAUAAACAAUGUGUUAACAAAUUAUAUACGAAACUUACUAGUCCUGUUAUUACUAAUCAUUUCUCCUUUACAAGAUGCUUGACAUCUUUAAAUAUUUCUGGUAUAUAUCCGCCUAUCACAACAACAUUCGAUGAAGAUGGGAAUAUAACGUUUGAAAAAAUCAUGUAUAAUCUUGAGAAAUGGAAGUCAAUUCCAUUACGUGGUUAUGUUGUUAUGGGCUCAACUGGAGAAUUUGUCUCCCUCACUGAAGAUGAAAAGAUUCAGAUUGUAAAGUGUGUUGCAAAAGCCAAUUCCAAAGAUAAACUAAUUAUAGUUGGUACUGGAUGUCAAUGCAUACAUAAUCUCUUGUUUAGUUACAUUGUUGAAGUCCUGUAACUGCUGUUUGGAGAAUUCCGACUAACUUGUCAAUUGAAAUUUUCUAAUCAGUAACUUCUCUGUCACUUUCUUCACUAUUGGUAGCAGUAUUUUCUAUAUCUAGAACCAUACUACAGUUUUCGCCAUCCAUUAACUGAAUGAUGAUUGAAAAGUAUUGUCAUCACAAUAAAAAACUUGUUUUAUAUCAUCUUCA